AAUAACAACACCAUCGCCAGACCGCCAUACGAACACGACCAUGGCCUCCGGCUCCGCCCCUGCAACGCCGCUCCUCUACUCCUGCAUCGCCUACAACUCCACCAUCCUCGCCGAACAUACAACAAGCGCCAUCUCAGGAACCUCAAACCUCGCCUCGAUCAUCCUCCCCAAAAUCUCCCACGACUCCGCGCAGAAACUCACAUACACCCACAACGACAACUUCAUUCACUACAUCGCCGAUGCUGCGCCUAGCUCCGCCUCUCCUGACAACCUCUCCGGCGCGGGUCUCACAUAUCUGGUCGUAGCAAAAGCAGAUCUCGGACGUCGCAUACCGUUUGGAUAUCUGGUCGAGAUCAAGAAGCGGUUCUUGUCGACUUUCAACCCGGAGAGCACGAGUUUCAGCUCAUUACCGGCAUAUGGCGCGGCGGCGUUCAAUACGCAGAUGCGCCAGUUGAUGGUGGAGUAUGGCACGACAAAGGCUGGACAGGAUGAUGCGUUCAAGAAUGUGCAGAAUGAGAUUGAUAAUGUGAGGGGUAUCAUGACGGAGAACAUUGAGCGGGUGCUGGAGAGAGGGGAGAGGAUUGAUCUUUUGGUGGACAAGACGGAUCGGUUGGGUGGAAGUGCGAGAGACUUUAGGGUGAGGAGUCGUGGGUUGAGGAGGAGGAUGUGGUGGAAGAAUGUCAAAUUGAUGGUAUUGUUGACGGUUGUGGUCAUUUUCUUGCUCUACUUACUGGUGGGCUUUGGAUGUGGUCUUCCAGCUUGGGGCCGGUGCAUUCACAAAGGAUGA